AAAGCCGCGAUUGGUGGCGAGCGAAAAGCGGAAGUGGAGCUGGUCAAGUGUUGUUUAUAGCAGCUAGCUGUAAUUAAAGAAAGUUGGAUCUUGUGAAUUAUGGACGCGUUACAGAGGCACAGGUCACUGUAUAAGGGCACAACUCCACCAUGGAAGGAAACUUACAGAAAGCGUUGUGUGGAAAGGUUAAAGAACAGCCGGUCGAGGUUAUUGGAGAAGUAUCGUCAGCUGGGAGACACCACAAAGAGCUCUCUGCUCGUCCAGGAAGUGAUGGAGAUGGAGUGGAGCGCUUUACAAUCAGCCAACCAAAGACUGCCUUCGUUGUGGAAGAAAGACGGCGUCAGUGAGAUGUACAGAGAUAUGCAGGAAUAUGAUGAAUUGGCUGUUCUGGAGGAAAUCCAACAGGAACUCGUAUCACAAGAACUUGCCAUCAUUGAGGAAUACCACAAAAGUCUGCAGUAUGAAGAAAAGUAUUUCGACUCUGUCGUGGAUGGAAUGGAGGAAGAAGAAAAGCUCAUCUGCCCUAUAUGUCAUGUCAAUAACCUGACUGUGACCAGCCAUUUUACAUCAUGUCCAUGUGGCCUGUAUAUCAAAACAGUGGGAAGAAAUAUAACGGCGGAUGUGCUCAAGCAUCAGCUUGAGAUGAGAGUCACGGAACAUCUGGAAGACUGCCUGCAGAACCCCAUAUUCUCUGUAGCUUCAAACGUGGACGGAGCACCCAACCUUAUGAUAAGCUGCAAGGUGUGUGAUUAUCUCGCCAUUGUCCUGUGAGCGACUCCGGUACGACGGCCAUCGUGUGGUUUUUUUUUUUUUUAGUGUAUUUUAUUUCUGUAAAAUAAAGAGAUUAUUUAAUGUCACAGUUUCUUUUAAUGUGCUGCUUAUACAUGUUUUGUGUCUCAUCGACCUUAAGCCUGUAAGCAUGCAGUGAGACUGCACUGUGGUGUUUAGGUUGUGAUUAGAUUAGAGGAUGUGUCCAGAAUGCAGACAAACCUAGUGUUUGGAGCGGAUCAUGACUGACAGC